AUGGGUAAAGUGAAAUGGGAUUCGAUCGCUGACCAAACUCUCCUUGCCAAAAUCCUCGAGACCCAUGACUUGAGUGUCGAUGUGGCCAAGGUUGCCGAGGCCUGGCCCGUCGAGGACGAGGAUCACAGGCCAACACCUCGUGCUCUCAAGGAACGUCUCAACAAAAUCAGGGAGAACGUUCGUAAUGGCAAUGUCGCGGCGGUGUCUGGACCCUCUAGCCCGGUUACUCCAAAGAAGCGUGCCCCUCGCAAAAAGGCCAAUGAGACACCUACUCCUGCUGGCUCUUCCCGCAAGCGCAAGCGCGUCACAAAGAACGCCAUCGCCGAUGAAGACCAAGUCAAUGUCAGGGAAGAGGAAGAAUUGCCUGCGAAGCACGAGCAUUCUCUCGAUGAGUCCGCUAUCAAGCAGGAAGCCGGCCUGGAGGGUCUCGCCCCCCUUCUUCAGUGGAACCUCAAGGAGGGAUCCCCCGAUGUCGACAACAAAAAGGUCGAUCCUGAAUGGACCGAGUACAACGAGGAGGACGCCUACUCCGAUGACCAGCUCAAUUAG